AUGUCGCUGCUUCGUGCUCUGCAGAGCAGCGGUAUCCUCACCGACCAGCACUCACAUCCUCCCGCCCCACGAGGCACCGUCCGACUCGUUCCACAGGCGCUGACUUCUGAUUCCUUUCUCUCGCCAUCCGAUCGUACCUCUGUCGAACCUUCUACCAUCUCGCCCUCGCCCUGCAGACGCGACAACCUGAUCGUAGGCACGCGCGUCAUCAUUGCGCAGGACGCCGACCUUCGCGGCGAGAUCUCCGUCGGCAGCGGUACUGUGAUUCACCCCAAGGCGACCAUCUUAGCGCUGCAGGCACCCAUCUCGAUCGGCUCGGACUGCAUCAUCGAGGAGACCGCCGUGAUCGUCAAUCGCACCUCCCAACCCAUCAAGAUCGGGGAUGCCAACCUGUUCGAAGUGGGCUGCCGCAUCGAAGCCGCCUCCAUCGGCUCGUGCAACGUAUUCGAACCCAAGAGCAAGGUGGCACACAACGUUGCUAUCGGGUCGAAUUGUGUGGUGGGGGCGGGAUGCACGCUGCUUCCGCGGCCCGUCACCGACGACCAACUAGCGAGUCUGUUUGACGACGAGGACGCCUUAGAAUCGACGCCAGAGCAGAAUGGGGAGGCAGAGACAAAGGACAAACGCGAGAGAGUGUUUGAAACGCUGCCGGAUCGGACGGUGGUGUACGGGAGCGACAGCCGGCGGCGGGUGUGGAGCGGCGAGGGCGCCCACCAGCAGGCGGCGCUGCAUGCCAAGCAUCUCGAGUACCUGCGCGACACCAUCCCGCGCACGCACAAGCUCAAGAUCAUCCAAGGCGUCAGAGCACCUCCUCCCACCAGCACCGCUGCAUCAUAA